UCAGGCCUCCCUCUGUGACGGUGAGCUGCGCGCGCUGUUUUCGUUGUCUAGCGAACUCGCGUGCAGCGCCUUCCAGGUCCCAGCGGCUCCAAGGCUCGCGAGGUCCAAGUCCUGCACGCGCCUACGUUUUCGCGGCUUUUCGGCUUGGUGCCGGCAAUAAUCAGUAGAAGCAAACCGCAGAAGCAGACAGCAGCUCCGGGACGGCGAUGUCGGCCUCUGGGACUGCAACGGUCUCUGCUCCAGCGGAAGCCGGCGGAGGCGGUGUCGCCGGGGACAAGCAACGCUCCUCCUCUUCUGCUCCGCUCAACGUGGAAGGCAUCGACUUGCUGGAAAAAUGCGGCGUGUGCCGAGAGCGGCUCCGCUCCGAGCGCGAUCCACGGCUCCUUCCUUGCCUCCACACCGUCUGCAAGGAGUGCAUCAAAGUCGAGGCCGUCUCGGGUGGCAACAACAAGGACGGGCAAGUGGUUGACUGCCCAGUUUGCAAGCAUCAGUGUUAUCUAAAAGACAUUGUGGAGAAUUACUUUUUGAGGGAUGGUGACACUGAAGCUCUUGGUGAUGCUAGAGAUGCUAACCAGUGUUGCACUAGCUGUGAAGAUAAUGCCCCUGCCACCAGCUUUUGUGUGGAGUGCCAAGAGCCCCUGUGUGAGACAUGUGUGGAGGCCCAUCAGAGAGUGAAGUACACUAAGGACCAUACAGUCCGAUCCACAGGCUCCUCCAAAUCACAGGCAAGGGAGAAGACUAUCUACUGCUCUGUCCACAAACUCGAGCCUCUUGUUCUCUUCUGUGACACCUGUGACACCCUGACAUGCCGGGACUGUCAGCUGAAUGCUCACAAAGAUCACCAGUACCAGUUCUUGGACGAUGCAGUCAAGAAUCAGCGCAAGAUGCUGGCUUCAUUGGUCAAGCGCCUUGGGGAUAAAAACGCUAAUCUCCAGAAAUCAACCAAGGAAGUGCGCACCUCGAUCCGGCAGGUGGCAGAUGUGCAGAAACGUGUGCAGGUAGAUGUGAAGAUGUCUAUCUUGCAAAUUAUGAAGGAGCUCAAUAAACGUGCUAAGGUGCUGGUUAGUGAAGCACAGAAAGUCACUGAAGGCCAACAAGAGAAACUGGAAAGGCAGCAUUGGGCGAUGACGAAGCUGCAGCGUCACCAAGAACAUAUCCUGCGCUUUGCUAAUUGGGCCUUGGAGAGUGACAACAACACUGCAUUGCUGCUCUCAAAGAAACUGAUUUAUUUUCAACUGCACCGGGCUCUAAAGAUGAUUGUGGAUCCAGUGGAACCUCAUGGAGACAUGAAGUUCCAGUGGGAUUUAAAUGCCUGGAUCAAGAGUGCAGAGACUUUUGGUCAAAUAGUGUCAGAACGGAGUGGUUUGCCGGUGACUGCCAAUGCCCAAACACCCCAACAGCGGACUAACACUGCUUCUGCUGCAUCAGGAGUGGCGGUCAGACAAGGUUCUGUCCCCCCUUCUCAGGGAGUCCAACAGAUGUCUCUGCAGACAAGCAUAAUGAAUAAGGGAGCUUUGCUUCAGCCUGUGCUGCCUUCCAACAGCCAGCGGCAGGCCAUCCCCGACUGCUAUAUCAAUGAUGCCAGUGCCUCUUCUGCUGGACAGCCAAUGGACAUUGGUGACGGCUUUGGUGUAGAAGGAUCAUAUUCUGGUGAAGUAUCUGGAAUGAAAAGAACCCGUGUCCAGGAUGGAGAAACUGGUCUUGUGCGGAAAGUGCCCCGGGUUAGUCUGGAGCGGCUGGAUGUGGAUUUGACAUCAGAUAACCAGCCACCUGUCUUCAAAGUCUUUCCGGGCAAUUCCCGUGAAGAUUACAAUCUCAUUGUGAUUGAACAAGGAGGUCAAGGUGUAGCGGGGCUACCAAAUGCAGUGAAGGAGGAGCAAAUGGAGGCAGCUAUAGAGCAUCCUACUUCUGCUGUAGAGACUAAAGACACCAAGCCAGUUAUCUUGCCCCAGGAUGCCCUCCUUCCAGAAGGCUCUGCAGCCCCCCGGCUGAUCUCCCCCACUGGCAGCACCAGCUCUGCCAUGGAAAUGCAGUCCGUUCAUAGCCAUGAUGGCACAGCUAAUGGGGAGGAAAAUGCUUGCUGCAGGAUCUGCCUGAAAACUGGUGCUGUAGUCAUGUGUGAUAGUUGCAGAAAGUGCUACCACUUGGAUUGUCACCUGCCUGCCCUUCAGGAAAUCCCUGGCCAGGAUUGGAAAUGCCUACUGUGUUCUGAUCCAGUAAUAGCCAUUGGAGAAGAUGGAACUGAAUUGGCUGCAGUCUUCAAAGAUGGAGAAGCAAAAAUGCUGUCAAGUGUUGACCAGAAGAGAUGUGAACGAGUUCUCCUUGAGCUUCUUUGUUCUGAACCAUGCAGGCCUCUUCACAGGCUUUCCAAUGCUCCAGAGGGGCAGAACACAAUUGACUUGACUUUGAUAAGAGCAAAGUUACAGCGGAAACUGUCACCACCCUAUGCAUCUCCUGAUGAAUUUGCAGAUGACGUUUGGAAGAUGUUCAGGCAGUUUAACAAGCUGACUGAGGAUAAGGAGGAUGUUCAGUCCAUCAUUGUUCUGCAACGCUUCUUUGAAGCCAAACUGAGUGCUGCCUUUGGUGACCGGAAAUUUUCAGCCCUGCGUGAGCCAAUCAACAUUGAUGAACCACAAAAAGAAAACACACUUGCUUCCCGUGUUUCCCCGGUCACUGAUCCGGGUGAGGCCAUGUCUUCUAAGGCUGAUAGCAGUGGGGAUGAGGGAAUGGCAAGCUAAAAGGUUACUUUUUUCAAUGGACCACCAUUGAAAAUGGACCACCAUUCCAUGGAGACGAAAUGAGGGAGCUGCCAAUUUAACUCACUCUCACCCACCCCCCUCCACUCUUUCGGUCCCCUGGUCCCCCUUUGACCUUUUCUGCACCUCUCUGCUUUUUUUGGAGAGUUAUUGUAGAUCUUGACUGGUUAGAUCAGUAUUUCUCAACCUCAGCAACUUCCCAGCUAGCAUGGUACUGGGAAAUUCUGGGAGUUAAAAAUCCACACAUCUGAAAGUUGCUGAGGUUGAGAAAUACUGGCUUAGAUAAUGUUAUAAAUGGUCUGAACAGUUUUUUUCUUGAUAAAUUUUAUCCCUUGUUCUCACAGAGAUACUUUGUGGUUUUCUUUUUUUUUUGUAUUGAAAGGAUAAUUAAUCUGAGGUAAUCUAGAAGUCUAUAUAUCAUGUUUUACAGUUGGAUUUUUUUUGUCAAGUCCUAAUGGGAACAGUAUAGAAGUUCCCUUUAUUAACACUUUCUCAAAUUUUCACUAAGGAAAAAAACUUGGUGUUAAAUAUCUCCAUUUUAAAUUGCUUCUCCUUAAAAUGACUACUUAGAUUAAAAGUUAUACAGAUUUUAAUGUCUCACCUGGUUUUUUGACAGAUUUUAUGCCCUUGUUCUGAUUUUUUUGGUAAUAUGGUAAUAGCAAUUAAUAAAAUUGAGCUAAUUAAUGCUCUCCAAUUUAACUCCUUUUUGCUCCUGAUGGGAACAAUAUAGAGAUUCGUUUUUUUAAAACCACUGAGGAGGAAGCUGUUAUUGCAUCCUCCAAUAAGGAAUCACUGCCCCUUCAAAUAUACUGGACUACUCUUGGUGAAUUCUUAGACACUAAUUGUUUUGAGAAUCAAGAUCAGUCUUAAUCUCUGUUUCAUAAGAGGAUAAAGAACAUCUUGUUUUGGUAUAAUUGAUGAACUUCCCAAUUGUGGUACCAGCCUAGAUGGACAGCUGACAAAAGUAACAGUUGGCCCGCCAAGACAGCUUUCUUCUCAAAUGGUUAUUGCUUUCUCUGAAAAUGGAAUUUUUUUGCUUUUGUUUGCUCAAGAAGAGUCACGUCUGUUUCCAUAGUUCAGGAUAGUUGUAGAUUUUUUAAGCUGCCUUUCUGGCUCUACAUUUCUUCAAAAGCUUUCUGGCCCAGUAGUUUUAUUCAUUGUCCCAAGAAACGUUUUCAUGGAGAUGUGCUUUUUAAUUUGCUUAUGUAUAGACUUGGCUUCUUUCAUGUUUAAAAAAUAAAUGAUGUUUACAAUU